AUGGGUGAAGUAACAAAAAGUGACGCUGUUUAUGUAAAUGACGGUACAAACUUAACCGUGUAUGUAUACGAUGUUGAUGUGGAAGUAGAAUGGCUGGCAGACUUUGAGUGCGCGGGAGACGAAGUAUUGGUGGAGUCAUCUCCGCCCGCCUCGCCUGACAUGGCCGCGCGACUAGCGGCGCCCUCACAGGGCUCGGGCGCGGGCGGUGCCUCUCCGGACGCCGUUCGUGAGUUAAUCGUUAUACCGGAGUUACCUAAUUCAAUACACCUGCAACACGCCAUACAGCAGGUAUCGAGUACGGUGGUAGAAGUCAACGGAGACAGUUCAGGACACUCCAGCCCCACAACGGAGGCGCAGCACACGUAUAUAGUCACAAAUGUACAUUCCAUAUUUGGCACCUCGUGCACAGACCGGGGCUCCUGGGGGACGGCAGUGAAGUCUGAGCCUCACGACGAACACAGCGAGGGCGGGAACGGCGUCAACUAUCACGUGCAGUAUGUGGAGCCGCAGGAGAUAUACGCACAGACAGGACACCAGACACAUAUGGAGACCCUCCGUUCGUACCCCGUGUACGGCGUGGCGAGCGUGCCCGCGGACGGCGCGGUGACGGCCGUCACAGCGGUCACAGCGGUCACCGCCUCCGACGACACCUGGCCCGCUGAGUUCACCUUCGAACAACCAGCCUCGCCUGCACCCGCCGCCCGCAUGCCGCCAGCUACUGUACAGUGGCUGCUGGACCAUUAUGAAACAGCUGAGGGUGUAUCUCUCCCUCGGUCCACUCUAUACGCGCACUACCUCCGCCACUGCUCCACCCACCGCCUGGAGCCUGUGAACGCGGCGUCGUUCGGGAAGCUCAUAAGGUCCGUGUUCGUGGGCCUCAGGACCCGCCGCCUCGGGACCCGCGGGAACUCAAAGUAUCACUACUACGGGAUCAGGGCCAAGCACUCAACGCGGGACCUACCGCCAGCCGUACAGAAGAUUGAUGAAGAACCGCAAUCCUCAGACGAAUCCCGUCCUCGCGAGCCAGAAAGUCCCGUUGGUUUAUCAGGUAUAGCUCACAGACAGUACCUGGGCUCGGUGAGCGCCCCGGACCCGCCGCCGCUACAGCUGGACGACACGCCGGCGGACGUGACGCAUGAAGCGCUGCAGCAGUUCAGGGAUCACCACCGUCAACACGGCGUGGAGUUCCUUGAAGCCGUGGCGUCUCUGGACACGGGCGCGGCGGAGCGUUCUCGACGCUGGUUCUGGCGGCGAGUGGGCCGGAGCGGAGCCCGUCUAGCCGCGCGCAGGGACGUGUGCACCUGGCUGAGGAGGGCCGAUAUGAACCUGCACCAGCGGGCCGUGGACCUGCUGCUGCCGGACGUGCUGAGACCCAUACCCUCACAACUGACACAGGCCAUCCGUAACUUCGCCAAGAGCCUGGAGGGCGCGUUGUCGUCGGGGUCGUCCGGAGCCCCGGCCCCGGCGGCGCGGGCCCAAGCCCUAGCAGCGGGGGCCUUAUCAGCCGCCCUCAGACGGUACACGUCGCUCAACCACCUGGCGCAGGCCGCGCGGGCCGUGCUCAACAACCACCACCAGAUACAACAGAUGUUGUCGGACCUGAACCGCGUGGACUUCCGCGUGGUACGCGAGCAGGCGGCCUGGGCCUGCGCCUGUGGCAGUGCGGCCACCGCGCACCGCCUCGAGGCUGACUUUAAGGCUCGCCUCGGGCGCGGCUCGUCGCUGGAGUCGUGGGCGUCGUGGCUGGAGAGCUGCGUCCGCGCCGCGCUGGCGCCGCACGAGCGCCGCGCCGACUACACGCCGCGCGCGAGGAGGCUGCUGCUCGACUGGUCCUUCUACUCCUCGCUCGUCAUAAGGGAACUUACGCUCAGGUCGGCGGCUUCGUUCGGUUCGUUCCACCUCAUCCGGCUGCUGUACGACGAGUACGUGUCCUUCCUGAUAGAGCGACGGGUGGCCGAGCAUCGCCAGGAGCCGCCCAUAGCUGUGAUGCAGAGAGCUAUGGAUGAUGACGACGAACUGCCAGAAGAAGUUCCUCGCGAAGACGACGACAUGAACGGGGAGAUGGUGGACGAGGGGCUCGACCACGGGGAGGGGAACGGGGAGGAGGAAGGAGAGGGGAAUGGCGAGGAGGGGGAAGGAGAGUGGGAGUGGGAGGACGACGAUGACGAGCACGAGGAGAGGGAACAGAAAAGGGCGCGACUGGACCGAGGCUAG